AUGGGUCAGGAUGCCGGCGGCGAACAUUCCGCGGGUCGGGAAAUACAUUACGGUGGCUCGACAGACGAGGAGUUUGAAGGAAGCGACCGACGACCCGCGGGUCAGGAGCUCGAAGGCGUUGACCGCCCUGUGGGUCAGAAAGUCAACAUUAACCCCUGUCCCAGGAGUCGGGAUAUCGGCGGGCAAUUUUCCAUGAGCCAGGAAGUCAAGGGCGUUGACCGCCCCGUGGGUCAGCAGCUCGACGCCGUCGUUGAUCGCUUCCUCGCCGUGCUGGCCGAGGAGGUGCGCCAGGCGCUGUUGCUGACAUCCGGCCAUGGGCGGGGCCCAGCUGUGGCGUCCUUCUACCGCGUGGACUUCGUUGCCGAGUCUGUGGAGAAGAUCUGCGGCACUUGCAUGUCGUGCCUGCGGGAGAUCGGGGUGGAUGGCGAGGACGACCGGCGCCAUAUGCACUGGUACCUGACCUGCAUGCUGGACUGCACGCCCGCCAACGGCGGCGUGCACAACAGGGUCGGGCCAAACGACCUGCGGGCCAAGAUACGCGAAAACCGCCACCGUCAAUGGGCGCCCAGCUUCGAGAUCGACGAUGCAGACAUUGACCAAGGGGGGGCGAUUGGAGCGGGCAUGACCUUCAGCGCCAGGUGGAGGGGGAGGCGUGUCGCCGUCAAGUGGUACCGCGUCUCGGACCUUGAGGCCCGCGCCGAGUUUCUGGCAGAGGCUGAGGCGCACGCGCUGAUGUGCUGCCCCAACGUGGUGGCGUGCUGGGGCUUUGCGCGCUCGGGCGCCGCGCACGCCAAAGUGGUUGAGCUGGCUGACCGCAGCUUGGCCGAAUUCUGUGGGACGUGCAGCAGCGACCAGGGCUGGAAGUUGGCUGUGAAGCUUGCGGCGGGGGCGGCUUGUGGGCUGCGGCAGCUGCACGACGCCGGGGUGGUGCACCGCGACGUGAAGCCGCGCAGCUUUUUGAUGUUUGAGGGCGACGACGGCGCGGGCCCGAGGGAGCUGGCCGGUUUUGGCGGGCGCGUCGUGAAGGUCGCCGAUUUUGGGCUGGCGUUGGCAAAGGCGGAGAUGCAUGGUGGCUGCGUGCGCAGCCCGUGGUACAUGGCUCCCGAAGUCUACGCCAGCUUCGAGCACACCUUCGCCUCCGACGUGUUCAGCUUUGGGGUCGUUCUGUUCGAGCUGGUGGGGAACGGGCCGCCCUACGAAGGUGAUUGGAACAUUGAGGAAUUGUUGCACCGAAAGAGGAGCGGCGUGGUGCCUUGCCGGGUGGACGCGGGAGAAAUCCCGCCGGAGCUAUGGACUUUGAUGGCGCGGUGCAUCCAUCCCGAUCCAGACGGACGGCCGAAGAUGAGCGAGGUGGAGGAGCAGCUUCAGGCCGUGUGCGAACAUGGCGAUUCAGGGCCAUCUUCAGCAGCCAACUUGAGCGUCCCACAGGCGUCGCCAGAGACGGAUACCUUAAUAGCGGACCUUGAAGGGCACUGCCAGGAUAUUGCAGAAAUGACCAGGAACGUGCGAGGAGAUCCAUUGUGCCACGUGGAUGGCGUUGAGGCACUGUCCCCACCGCCAGAGGCUUCCCCGAUUCAGCGGGAAGCCGUCGCGAAUCUGCAUGUGGUAGCUGCCCAAAUUCCGCCGGAAGUCGUGGCAAAUCUGCGCGUGGUAGCUGCUGCGAACGUGCCAGUGGGAGAAGCCACGAAUCCACUGAGUACGGGAGCUGCUGCGGAUCUCCCUGCGGCAGCUGCAGGGAAACUGCCGCCUACGGAAGCUGUUGCGAAUCUACCAUUGGAAGUUGCCGCGAAUCUUCUGCAUGCGGAGGCUGCCAUGAUUCGCUUUGUGGCAGCUGCCGCGAAUCUGAUGAGUUUGAGCUCUAAGGAGGCCAUGCGCCUUGCUUCGUCCCUCCUGAGGGGUUACGUGAGCGGGACGACAUUUUUCAGGGCGGAUGUUGAUGACGUCAUCAGCGUGGUGGACGUGCUGAGAGCGGCGGAAAUCGAAAUGAGGGAGGCCAACAAUGUUCUCCAAAUGAUGCGCGACCGGCAAUCAGUACUGGCUACGAACUUGGAUGCCUCCAGGCGACCGGCGCAGAAGCUUCUGGAAGCUGUCCAAAGGGGCUCGCCGUUGGACGGGACAAAGUGCAAUGUACUGUCUCAGAUUCAGGCAGACGCUUUUUCUGUCAUCGAGGGUCGGUUGGCGUUUUGGCGGGCAUUGGAGACUGACCCGAGCGCCAUCAGAAUAUUUGAGAACAGGCUACUGAGGAAGGCGGCGAAGGCAGCGGUGACUAACGGCUCGAUGACUAAUCGGUCCAUGACAAACGAUCCCGCGCUGCUCAUUGGAGCUCGCGUGACAUCCUUGGUGCCUGGCGACGCAGCCGCGUCAUUUAGAGUCAUUGUAUCAAGCCUGCACUGCUUCACCGAGGGUGCGUUCCUCAUCAGGAUCUGCGACGAAUUACGUAACGACGAGUUAAUUGCGCCGUACUCUCCGGAUCUGACAUCACUAUCCAUCAGCAUCACGGAGAAUGUGACCCCAUACGAGGCCUUCCCGGCGGGUCCGCCCUCUGGAGCAGGAGCGGGGUGCCCCGACGACGAAGGUCCAAGUUGCGGCGACGCCAGGAAUUCGACAUUGGACAGGGUCAACGGAGAGUCAACGCUCGGCGCCGCAAGCGAGUUUUCAGCGUCUGACCAAGUCCACGAAAAUUCAUGCGAGCCUGGUGGCCAAGACCUGAGCCCAGAGGAGAUCGAGCCCUGCCGAGAGAUCUCCUUCGAGCUGCCCUUGAUAGAUCAAAGAGAAGACCGACGCAGGGCCUCUUCCGCUCACAGCAACGAGUCCUUCCUCGGCCCCUUCCCGCGGAGCGCGUCGCAGUGCAGCGCACCAGCGCCCGAUCCCCCUGGAUCCACAUGGAGCCCUUCGUUGCGUGAUCCGCACGGAUCAACAUGGAGUCCGUGCGACUCCCCGGAUCCCCAAGCGCCCGCAGCCGUCUACGGGGGAUGGAUUUUGGCAUGCGAUGUCCCCGUGGAUUCAUGUGAAUCUCCCCCAUGCGCGUUGAAUCGGGAGGAGCUGGUCAGGGCGGCGGAAUUGACGGAAAUUGCGCGGGACUUAAAGUACGAAGGGAAGUUACACGAGGCCCGGGAGGCCCUGCAGGAAGCGCUGGAUAUUUUAAUUUCGGAACUUGGCGAGAAUCACAUGGAAGUUGCGGCGUGCCUGCACAGGCUGGCGGGCGUUUUUUCAUCCCUGGGGGAUUUUUCGGCUGCGGAAAAAAGCUACAGGCGCUCCCUGGUCGCCAAAUUGAAGUGCUUGGAAGGGCACAGCCCGAGCAUAGCCGAUUCCCUGGGCGGCUUGGGCGUCGCUUUGCAGAAGCAGGGGAAGCUUCUGGAAGCGGAGGAGUGCCACCGACGGGCCUUGGAACACAGGCGAAUGUGCCUCAGCCGCGAUGACGUCAGCUUUGCCAAGACUUUCAACAAUUUGGGAAAAGUGCUUUACGUCAAGGGCAGGCUGGCGGACGCCGAGUUCUGUUACGUUCGGGCGUUACGCAUCCAGAUCUGGAGUUACGGCGAGGGCCACCCCCGCGUGGCGGACUCCCUAAACAAUUUGGCGGCGGUUUUCGAAAGAAUGGGCAAGCUGGACGAGGCCGAGGAGGGCCACCUUAGGGCCCUAAAAAUUAGGAGGGAUGUUUUAGGUAGGAAUCACCCUGAGGUGGCCUCCAGCCUGAAGAGUCUGGCGUCGGUUCAGGGGAGGCAGGGGCGGUUGGCUGACGCCCAGGCGUCGCUCGAAGCGGCGGCUGACAUUCUGGAAGCGUCGUUUGGGGGGCGGCACCCGACGGUUGAGCAGACCCGCAGAGCGCUCAGGGAAGUGAGGUCGAGAAGGAGGAACCCCUUGGCGCGCAUCUGGGCGAGGGUGGGGAGAGGAGAUCCUAAGGGAACAGGGGGGUGGUCGCGGAGGCCUUCUGGCAGGCGCUCGUCGCUGGCGUGA